AUGACACCAAGGCCCUUGCCUCUUACCCCAGAGAUGCUGCUGCUGCUUCUGGUGCUGCCGUGGGCAGGUUCUCUGGCUGAACGUUCGCACUUCCAGCUGCAAGUACCAAAGUUGGUGACGGUGCCGGAGGUGGCCACAAACGACCGAGAUAGAGAAAUCCAUGAGGAGACAAAGGGCCGAUUCCAUCUUGUUGGAGACCCCCGUAACUAUAACUGUGCCUUGGCCAUCAACGAUGCCCGGAUGGCAGACACGGGAUCUUACUACUUCAGAGUCGUCAGAGGGUCUUAUGUGAAAUACAAUUACGUGGAUCACCAACUCUCCGUGAACGUGACAGCCCUCACACAGACACCCAACAUCCACAUCGAGGGCACCCUACAAUCUUUCCAUCCCAGGAAAAUCACCUGUGAAGUGCCAUGGGCCUGUAAGAGAGGGACACCCCCCACCUUCUCCUGGAUUGGAGACGCCCUCAAAUCCCCAGGCCUUAAGACUCCCUACUCCUCAGUACUCACCCUCACGCCAAGGCCACACCACCAUGGCACCAACCUCACCUGCCAAGUGACCUUCCCUGGUGCCGGUGUGACCGCGCAGAACACCAUCCUGCUCAACGUGUCCUAUGUUCCACAGAACUUGACCAUGCGCGUCUUCCGGGGAAAUGACAGAGAACCUGAAGCCCUGGGCAGCAACUCAUCUCUUCCAGUCCUAGAGGGCCAGUCCCUGCGUCUGAUCUGUGUGGUUGACAGCAAUCCACCCGCCAGGCUGAGCUGGGCAAAGGGAAACCAAACCCUGAGCCUCACACAGUCCUGGAACCCAGGAGUCCUGGAACUGCCUGCGGUGGAGUUGGGAGACAAGAAGCCCGGGACGUGGUCAACAGUGGUUCAGGAAGCCGCCUGGGCAGCCGGCGUCGUGGCCUUGCUUGCAUUCUGUCUGGGUCUGUUCUUCAUAGUGAAGAUCUUCAAGAAGAAAUCAGAUGGAGCAGCAGAAGGCGUAGAUGACAUCCACCCUGUGCUGGGGACCCCCUCCCAGGGUCACCUGCAUGGAGCCUGGUCAGGCAGCCCCUCCAACCACCCCAGCCCAGCUGAGGCCCCCCCCACCGCGAGGGAGGAGGAGGAGGAGCUCCAUUACGCCUCCGUCAACUUUGAAGGGGUGAGUCCCUGGACCUCCCAGAAACAGGAGGCUGCCAACACCACAGAAUAUUCAGAGAUCAAGAUCCAAAAGUGA